AUGGCAUACUUACGUCGCGCCAAAGAAGAUGUUCCUCGUCGAGUAGUAUUCGCAUUAGUUCUGGAAUCGCCAAUGCAGGGCAAAGCGAAUUAUAGAUACAAUGUGAAAGGGAAUGGACAGGCGGAAUUUCGUCGUGUCGGGAACGCUUCAUCAUAUGCAAAUGAGAACAGUCUGAGGCCGGUUGCGGCGAAACUUUGUUUGAGAAGUCUGUGGCGAGCGCCAGAGAAGUUUGAUCUUUUCAGGUUCCAUGAGGCUUCGUAG